GAGAGAGAGAGAGAGAGAGAGAGAGGAUGAAGAUGAAGAGUGUGAGUGUCCUGUGGUUAGUGCAGGUGUUUGGGCUGUAUGUGAGUUGUCUGCUGUACGAGGUGAGAGGACAGCAGCAGCGGCAGCGGGAGGAGGAGGAGGAGAAGGCGGCGGCGGAGGAGGAGGACAAGAAGGCCGUUUGGCGACAGCGGAUUCAGUGGGAAAACAACGGACGCGUUUACAGUUUACUGAGUCUCGGCUCCAAAUACCAGACGCCCCAGAGCCCGAGCGGCAGCGGCACCGGCACCGGGAGCCUCUUCCUGCUGAGCGACACCAACAGCACAGGCACCGGCCAGAGAGCCAGCGGUGCCCGGGGCGGCCCCGCACCGCCCGCCGCCUCCCGGGCUCGGCCGUCCGGCAGCUCCCGGCGGCGGCCCCGCCCGAGCAGCGGCAGCAGCGGCAGCACCGUCCCGGGGCCGCGCAGCGCACAGCCCGUCAGGGCGUCCGGGGCUCGGGCUGCGGCCGCCGGCGGGGCUCGGCGGGGGGAGGGCGGCCCGGCCCGGGAGGGGGAGCACGGCCACGGCCACGGCCACGGCCGCCCCGAGGAGCCCAUGGCGGGGGACGACCCGUACAACCCCUACAAGCGAACUGACAACAACCCCUACUACAACUACUACGACACGUACGAGAGACCCCGAGCGCAACCCCGCAGACCCGGGUACGGCACCAGGUACUUUCAGCACGGUUUGCCAGACUUAGUGCCUGACCCGUAUUACCUUCAGGCUUCCACGUAUGUUCAGAAGAUGCACAUGUACAACCUGAGGUGUGCGGCAGAGGAGAACUGCUUGGCGAGUUCGGCUUACUCACAGGACGUGAGAGACUACGAUAUGCGUGUGUUGCUGAGAUUCCCCCAGAGGGUGAAGAACCAGGGCACAGCCGACUUCUUACCGAGCAGACCCCGAUACUCCUGGGAAUGGCACAGCUGUCAUCGGCACUACCAUAGUAUGGAUGAAUUUAGUCAUUAUGAUCUACUGGAUCCCACCACCCAGAGACAAAUUGCUGAAGGACACAAAGCUAGUUUUUGCCUGGAGGAUACCUCUUGUGAAUAUGGGUACUAUAGAAGAUAUGCCUGCACAGCACAUUCACAGGGGUUGAGUCCAGGGUGCUAUGAUACCUAUAAUGCUGACAUUGACUGCCAGUGGAUUGAUAUAACUGAUGUUAAACCAGGAAACUACAUACUGAAAGUUUCAGUAAAUCCAAGCUAUCUAGUACCAGAAUCAGACUAUGCUAAUAACGUUGUUCGCUGUGACAUUCGCUAUACAGGACAACAUGUGUAUACCUCAGGCUGCAGAAUUUCACAAUACUAGUAAACCAAAAGACAAGGAUGUUAUGUCAAAGACUGGAUUGAAUCAAUACUAUUUCCAACAAGUUCCAAGAUAUUGUCAAGCUUCAGCGUCCCGACCCAUCAUCACUUACAUUUGAACAACCCUAAACUGCUGAGCAGGUAUAAUUUGCAGAGAUUGAAAUUGGAGAACGUUUUUCUACCUUACAACCUAUAACACUGUAUUUGGGGCCUCCUGGCGCCCAGCAGCAUUAUUGAAGUGGAACCAACUUUUUCACUCUUUCACUACUCGUAGCCAUUGCAACGACACUCUCUCCAGUUGAUAUCCACUCUACGUUCUAUGACCAAGGACUGCAAAUGGUAUUGAGUGGUGACUGAGUUAGGAAAGGUCUGGAGUGGUUAGACUAUAUGUAACCUGUUGUGAUCGACAUGUUCAUUUUAAAUGUAUUAAGCACAUGACUAUUUCUAACUCAUUCAGCUCUAUCAAUCCUGUCUUCUGUCUUAGAUGCACCUUAGUAGUCAAACUAGAUGAUCACUAUGAUAAGCAAAGAUAGGAGCAGGUUAGUGUUAUUGAUGGAUGAGUUAAAAAUGGCAUGUGGUUAUAAUGAAUACCGUGUUUACAUUUAGCAGUGAUCCAGGUCUGUUACAUUAGUUGCUUUUCUUCAAAACAACAAAUCCCUUAUUUGCCACAGGAAGAAUGUCUGCCUAUUCCCAUGCAUAUAAUAUGAUAAUAUGACACAAGUUGAAAAAUGAGGAAUUAUUUCCCUUUGUCAUUGUGUAUUUGCACAUUCAUGAAACCAUAGAGAUACUGAUUUGCUUUUGCUGCAACACACAUCAUCAGCAGGGAUCCCGUUGAUUUGCUUCUGUGUGCCUGUUUGAUCCCAAACAGACAUUACAUUCAGCUAUUCAGGAUACAUUUUUUUGUACAUUUGACAACAGUAUGUUUGCUCCCCUCCUUAUUCACCCUCCCCAUCCCCCCAAAAGAAUAUCCCAUUGCCUUGGCCUCUCAUUGCCCCAAUGGCUGGUGUACAAUUUAUUCCUGUGGAAUAAAUGUUUAAAGGCGCUUCACCAAAAAUACUUUCUUCUUUUAUGGUAUAGACCUACAGAAAUACAAAUCCACAAUUAUUUCUAAGUUCAGAAUUUUGAUCAUUAAUCUAUUAUAUCAGUCUAUGUAAAUAUGAAUUUAGCAUUUUAAUGUUGAAACACCUCUUCCUCUUCCAAUUCUAAAGCCAAUGACUGGAUGGAUAUUUCAGUUCUGUAACUGUAGAUAUUCCACAGUCGUAAAAGUUUCCUUCAGAAAGAGUAGUAAAUUUACUUUUAACAUCAAGCAAUGUGUAAAAUGUUUUAACUACAAUGGAUAUAAAAUGUUAAGUUGAUGUAAUUAUUAUUAUUUUGAACAUUUAAUGCGAUGUGUUGCUCACUGAAUACACCUACCUAUUAAAAGACAAAACAUAUCCAAUUGGAACUUUUAUUUAAUGCUAAUAAAAGCACAUAUUAAAGAUGAUCUCAUAAAACAAAGAAUGGAAAAUGAAGAUUCAAAUCUAGAAUACCGUACAAGAAACUAGAUUUUAAAAAAUUCUACUAUUUUUAAGAGUGGGUGUUAAUGUUUUGGGUCAGAUGAGUUUUUGGAAGAGUCUUUUUAAAAAAAACCUCAUUGGUAUCGCUGAUUACUGUUUUCCUAUAUAUUUUAUGAUUAAAAGUAAUUAUAGAAAUAAAUGUAAAAGAGUAACAGCAAAAACUGUUUUGAACCAUCAGAGCGAAAGAUUUGAGAGUUCAAUUUCACAAUGACCUAAACCACCAUCCAAAACUGACAUGCUCUCCUUCAUUCACAGUCAAGGUUGUCAUUAGAGCACAAGGGUUAUACCUACACACAGGAGAUCAAAGACAUUUUGGCACCUAUUAUGUUGGGAAAGCUAUUUAGAAGUGUCAGCAAACUGCCAUUCUAUUGCAUCCAGUGUAUGGUCUGAAGCAAUGAGUUUGUUUACUUUAUCUUCUCUCAGUAUAGGUCUAAUUCCAAAGCAGAGUUUUAUUUCAGUUGGGAGGAUGCAAUUAUAGAGAUCUAUUGUUGAAGGUAUUGGAUCACUGUGAACAUCUGAAAUAUGUCAAUAAAAGUGAGUCAUGCAAAUCAUCCAGUUUCUCGUCAAAACAAAUGCAAUAACACUCCGCCUAAAUUAGUAAGCUGAUCCCCUGAAGCUGAUCCCCUCUCUUUAAAAUACUGUAAAUAACACAUAGACACAAACAAAGCUGCAAUAUGUGCAACUGAAACCAGUCGCCAUCAUUUGAAAAGGAUGACCUAAUGCAAUACGCAGCACAAAUAUAUAUGUGGGUGAAGGAGGCUUACAUAUAAUGAUUGAGGUUACCUCAAUUAUUGUAUGUGAGCAUCACACAAAGACCAACAAGUUACUUUGCAUUAUGAGACCUGGACAGGAGUAAACCAGCACAGACAUCAGUACCAAUACUACAUCUUCAGAACCAAAGGAAUGAGUAGGCCACAGAUUCAUUAGUACCCAGAAAAACAGUCUCUUUUCAAGUGUUGUUUCAAAGUCUAGUCUUCGAAUCACAUGCAAAAGAACACUUGAUCUUUUAUACAGUGAUAGGUUUACAUUACAAGUGGGUAAUCUACACCUGGAUGAGUCAACAUAUUUUGUUAUAUGCAACUACAAAUUAAAUCAGGGUUUAACAGCAGGAAUCUGAGCAUUGUUCUCUUUAAUACUUGUAUUGUCUAAAUUAUAGACUAUCAUUUGGGAUCUUUUCACAUGCAUGAACAAUGCAGAUUUCGCCUAGUCUCUGGUGGCACCCAGCAAAGGCUAGAAACCACUUUGAAGGGCAGAAGAAAAUGACCACUUGUACAUUGCCCAUUAACUAUGUGGUCUAGUUAUUAUUUACAUUUUCAUUUCUUCCACUUUUCCCCCAAGAACAAUGCUACCAAAGACUUUGCUUUAAAAUCUAUCAAAAACCCUAAAGCCAUUUUAAGAAAUAAGAUCAGAGUGGAAGACAAUACAUAUGAAGGGCGUGGGUUGUGGGUAGGAAAUAAGUAUAGAGAACAUUAACAAUUAUAUUUACUAUACUGUUAAGAAAAUGUUGCACCAUAGGAAGGCUUUCCCAGGCAUGAAUGCAUACUUUUUAGACUAGUCAAAAAUAAAUGGUUUCGAUUGUGCACCAAAUAAAUGAAUAAAAGAAACAACUUUAAUUGCCAAGGGUUUUAUUCUCCCAAAGAUUGUCCCUUCUUGAUAUGUAUCUUAAAACAAAGGACAUUACUUUUACUUGGAAACUUGAAAGAAAAGUUUCAUUGAAAAAUGCAAAGAAAGUGCUAUUGCUGGAACUCAACUCAGCGAUAAAUUAAAAAUAAGUGAAAUGCCACUACGUUUACGGAUCCCAUUUGGGUGCUUUUCACAUGUAUCUGCUUCAUACUGAAUUCUUCAUAACUUCUAGCUGCAGGUAGUUUUUAUUUCUAUAAAUCAUUGUAUCUGUACUUGAAGCUUGUAGUUACUGUAUAGAUAUUAUAUGUAAUGGUAAUUGCACUUUUAUAAUCCAGAGUUAUGUGCCUUAUAUCAGAUCUAACAGAUUAUGUGAUGACCUUAACUUGAAUAAAAAUAUUUUCAACUUCCAA